UCUCAAGAUGAAGACAAUUGUAUUGCUAGUCGUGUUGACUUUUGCGGCAGCUGAAAUCGAGUUCUACAAGACCGGCAACGAUAAUUUGGACGUGGAUGCAUUGAUUGCCAAUUCCACUGAGCUGCAAGCAUAUUUAGAUUGCUUUAAAGAUAAGGGACCAUGCACUGAUUUAACUACCAGUUAUAAGAGUAUGUUUCCCGAAUCUAUCGAACAGGCUUGCAAAAGAUGUAGUCCACAUCAGAAACUCAUGUUUCGGCGAUUCAUAGAAGGAGUCAAAAAAGUUUUGCCAAAUGAGUACAAUGAAUUUAGACAUAAAUAUGAUCCCGAAAACAAAUAUUUUGAUGCAUUGGAAAAAGAAUUAUCGAAAUACUAAUAUUGACUAUUUUCAUGAUAUGAAUUAAAAUACUCGCUCAUGCUCAUUU